AUGGGUCCACGACAAGCCCCCAGAGCCCCGCCAGCAAAACGCCGCAAGACAACUACUCCAGUCGAAGAGUUGAAGUUCGAUCCAGAGGCACGCAACGAAUGGCUCACAGGAUUCCGCAAGAGAAAGCAACAGCGCAUCAAGCACGCACAAGAACAGUCCGCCAAACUUGACAAGGAGGAGAAGGUCAAGGCGAGGAAAGAGUUGCGCGAUCAGAGAAAAGUCGAUCUAGAACGCCAUGUCGCAGAAGUGAACGACCUACUCAGAAAAGCAAACAAGGACUCGGACGAUGAGGAUUCUAAUGCAGAAGAUGAGGAAGAGUGGAACGGAAUCGCAUCACCGCCGAGGCCAUCAAUCGACGGUGUAGAUGAGUACGUUGACGAGGACAAAUACACGACCGUAACGAUCGAAGCCAUGGACGACGCAAAGGCUUUCACAAACGGCUCAGACGACGAAGAGGAUGCUGCUGCGAAGAAAGACUACACAAAGGACAAGGAAGUCGAGCCAGUCAAGAAGAGGAUGGUCUGGAUCAAGGGAGAGAAGGUGGAAGCCAAGAGCAUGCCCAAGAAGAAGAAAUUCAGAUAUGAGAGCAAGGGCGAAAGAAAAGAGACGCGCCAUAAGCAAAAGGCAAAGAAUGCCGCUGCGAAGAAGGCCAGAGAGGAGCAAUGA